GUGAGCUUUUGUUCCAUGCACGAGAGAACAGCGAUGGCUCACCGCAGAAGCAGCGGAGAAGUGCGGCCAUACGUGCGUUCUAGCAAGCCGCGUUUCAACUGGACCGGCGACCUCAAGCAGCUCUUCGAAGAUGCCAUGACAGUCCUCGGAGGAACAAGAAAAGCUACGCCUAAACAAAUUAGAGAGCUUUUGAAAUGCCCGCAUAUUCAGCUCUCUCAUAUUAAGAGCCGUCUUCAGAUGUGUAGAAUCCGCAUGGAAGAGAAGGAGAGGAGAUCAGAGGUGCAAGGGAGCCAAAGUAGAGAAGCCACAGCUGAUAAUGUAGACCCUAAUGGAGAUGAGGAGAGUGUUGUAGUUGACGAGAAUGAAGCUAAUGAGUCAGCUCCCCUUCUUUCAAGGCCCUGCUGCUGUUUAGAGUAUCAGUCAAAAAAUCAAUCCCAUCAACCUCCCCUCAAAAGGGCUAGAGUGGAGGUACAGCAGGCCAGUGCUUCCAGCUUUCAAUCAAAUCAAUAUUAUUUUGAUUAUUUUGGGCCAACAGAAGAGUGCAGUGCAGUAAUAGUGCCUCAGUUCUCAGCUGCUGUUGAUUUCUUCAGAGAAGAACAAUCACAUAUUCCCAAGAAAGUGCAAGAGAAUAAUGACAAGGAAAGCAUGAAGGGGGAAGAACAAGAAGAAGGUGAUGAAUUGCAGCUGUCCUUGACUUUAUCUUUGCCUGUCAGAGCUAAUAAAAUUAAUCUAGAUCUCUCCCUAUCAUUUCCUUAGAGUUAAUUAUCUUGUUCUAAAUUUUAUUUUUAUUUAUUUUUUGAAGUUAGCACUUUAAAAAACUAUGUACAAAUGCAGCUCAUGAGGAGGAAAUGAGCUUAGACCUGCAAUUCUUAGUAGAUUUUAUGAAUUUUUAACUUCUAGCAUAUCUAUGCUUUAGUUAAAUUUUAGUUAAUUUCGCUUUAACGU